GAGCUGUAAAGACGGCUGGCUCAGAACCAGCGGUGCCAGUUUAUCUGCCAUGACCAGUCCGUCAUGGCGUCACAUUUACGGGUUAAAAUCCUCACAAGAGUCGGUGUUUUUCUCUCCGGUUCUCGGUCCUCGUUUGGCACAAAUGGCGCGUCGUCAGAAACACACGCUUCAGCGAGAUAGUAAAUAAAAAACCAUAAAAAACAAACAAGCAACGAUUUAUUUGUAAAGCACCGAGUGUCUCCGGAACAAAGUGUCCGUCCUCCGCGUCUCUUCACCGGGGACAGAGCGCCGUUAAUCACCGGAGGACCGUAAACACAGAGGAGGGUUUCCAGGAACUUUCCAAGAAUACGGAGGUCACGUGGUGCCGAGAAGAGCGAGUAUUUAAGGAGGAAGUGCAGAGAUGUUGGGCCUCAGGUGCAUUGUGGGAGAUGUAGUGCGUGGAGGACUCCUGAGGAGGACGUGUGUCAGACCUCCUCCUCCUCCUCCUCAGCUGACCCAGCGCUGCUUCCUCUCAAAGGGCGGUUCUGGCUCCUCGGACCAUUUGAAGCUCCGGACCCGGCUGGUGGUGAGCCUGCUGUUCGGCGGGUCUCUGCUGGCCGCCUGGCGCUACGUCUACCUGGAGAAGCAGGAGCGGCGGCGGCAGCUCCGUGUGACGCAGCUCCGGCAGGUCUCUCUGGGUCAGGGAACCUUCAGCCUGCUGGACCAGACGGGCCGGCGCAGGACCAAGCAGGACUUCCUGGGCCACUGGGUGCUGCUGUACUUCGGGUUCACCCACUGCCCCGACAUCUGCCCCGAGGAGCUGGAGAAGCUCAGUGCCGCGGUGACCCGGCUGGACCAGGACCAGGCGCUGCCCCCCGUGCAGCCCCUAUUCAUCACAGUGGACCCGGAGCGGGACGACGUAGCGGCUCUGGCCCGGUACGUCCAGGACUUCCACCCCCGCCUGGUGGCCCUCACCGGCACCCUCGAGGAGGUGAAACACGCAGGGCGCGACUACCGGGUCUACGCCAGCGCCGGGCCCAAGGACGAGGACGGGGACUACAUCGUGGACCACACGGUGCUGGUCUACCUGGUCAGCCCCGACGGACUCUUCCUCGACUACUACAACCGGAGCAAGAGCGACGAGCAGAUCGCAGACAGCGUCCGGAACCACGUCAAGACCUACAAGAACCUGGAUCCAUAAAGACUCAGGAACCAGAAACUCUGAAAAUAAAAGCUUAAAAAUCUAUAGAAAAUGAUUCAUCAAAUCAUGGAUUUGUUUUUUGUAAAGUUGGAAGAUUAAACGCAAAUACAUAUUUUAAAUAAAUAUAACUUAUUAAAGAAAUGAAUUCUAAAUAUUUAAAAAUAAAGUUUGAGGCCGUGGCGCAACUGGCUGGGGCACCUGCACUGUACGCCGACGACCCGGGUUUGAUUCCUGACCCGUGGUCCUUACCGGAUCCCACCCCGACUCUCUCGUACUUUCCUGUCACUCUCCACUGGCCCCCACAAAAUAUCUUAAAAGUGUGAAUAAAAUAUGGAAUAAAUACCAAAUAUAUUUUGUUGACGGUAAAUAAAGAGUUUAUUUUGAUGGAUAUAAAAUGUAUUCAAGUUUAAAUGCAAAUAAAAUCUGUUUUUAUUGGCCUUGAUAAAACGA